AACUAAUGUACAACUUGAUGUUGCGACCAUAAGCUUCGUCAGCUUGCGUGCUCAAAACAAGACGACUCUUGGCUCUUGUGUUCCGUCUUCCGUGUCCGCCCAUCAUCCGUCCACACUCACACCCACACACACGCUACCCCACACAAUGGCAACGGCAGAAACCGUAGAUCUAGGCCCAGCGCACGCCCCCCAUCAAGGCUCCAUCGAUGCAUUCGCCUCAAUCCUAGACAGUGUAAAGGAGGAACUUGUAAAGUUGAGGCAUGAUCAUGAUAAACACGAGCCCACCUACUUCUCCCGCGUCCACCACCUCCCCAACUCCGACCUAACCUCCUUCACCGCCGCGGACCUAACCAGCGUGCGCGUAGCCAUCUCGGCCUACGGUCUGCACCUCUUCGGCAAGGUGCGGCUGCCCGCGCUGGACGACGGCUACAUCCAUAUUCGGAUCUUUGGGCGACCGAAAGAAGGCACCGAUGGGAGUGAGUUGGAGGAGAGGGAGUAUAGUUUGCAUAGUAUACAUACUGAGGAGGUUGUGAAAGAAGAUGGGGAUAGGGUUUAUAGGGCGGUUUUUGGGGAGGCGGAUGCGUUGGAGUGGUUUGAGACGUAGUGGGUGGGAAAAGGGAAAUUGCUGUGACGGUGAUGUGAUCUUGUUUUGUAUAUUUGAUAUUCAGUCUGUGAUGACGGGAUAUGUCGACCUUGCUGGAUGCAAUCAAACGCCGCGCUCAAACAAUAAAGUCAAAAAUGAACCCA